AUGCACGCUUUCACCAUCACCACCGCUCUGCUUGCAGCUCUCGGCGCCACUGCCAGUCCGAUUUACAACAACAACAACAACAACAACAACAACGCAACCGAGGUCGAUGUCGUCCGCCGGUCCAACUCCUGCUUGGGCAUGACUGCUCCUGCCGACGACUACCAGUUCGUUUGGAGCGUCUACCUGGACAACGACGACAAGUACAACAAGCAGUGUGGCGGCGGCUGCCUCGACAACUUGCGCGGGCAGUGCGGCCUCAUCGUCGACUGGGGAUGCACUCGUGGUAGCGACAACGUCGCCCACAUGACUUUCUACACGGACGAUUUUUGCACACCCUACAAGGUCUCGAAGGCGCUGAAGAAGUGCACCCAGGGCACCCAGGUCAUCAACUGCAACUAA